UAUAAAUAGUGGUAUGGAAUGUGUUGAACGGCAGACAAGUUCAAGUUUUCGAACCGAAAGCACCAGAUCAAUAAUCAAAAUGUUCAAAUCCGCUGUUGUGUUCCUGGCCAUCGUUGCCUGCGCUGCUGCCAAGCCUGGACUCCUGGGUGCGCCUUUGGCCUACUCUGCUCCCCUGGCUUACACUGCUCCUGCUCCAGUUGUGACCGCAACCAGUAGCCAGGUUAUCGCCAGGAACUACAAUGGCAUCGCUGCUGCUCCGGUGAUUGCUCCCGUGGUGGCCAAAUACGCGGCUGCUCCUCUGGCUGCUCCUCUGGCUGCUCCCUUGGCUUACUCCUCGCCGUUGGCCUACUCCGCACGACUGAGCUACGCCGCUGCUCCUGCACCACUUCUCAUCCCUGAGGUCACAGACGCGGUCCCAAUUGGGCGUAUAAAUAGUGGUAUGGAAUGUGUUGAACGGCAGACAAGUUCAAGUUUUCGAACCGAAAGCACCAGAUCAAUAAUCAAAAUGUUCAAAUCCGCUGUUGUAUUCCUGGCCAUCGUUGCCUGCGCUGCUGCAAAGCCUGGACUCCUGGGUGCGCCUUUGGCCUACACUGCUCCCCUGGCUUACUCUGCUCCCCUGGCUUACACUGCUCCUGCUCCAGUUGUGACCGCAACCAGUAGCCAGGUUAUCGCCAGGAACUACAAUGGCAUCGCCGCUGCUCCGGUGAUUGCUCCCGUGGUGGCCAAGUACGCGGCUGCUCCUCUGGCUGCUCCUCUGGCUGCUCCUCUGGCUGCUCCUCUGGCUGCUCCUCUGGCUGCUCCUCUGGCUGCUCCUCUGGCUGCUCCUCUGGCUGCUCCCUUGGCCUACUCCUCGCCGUUGGCCUACUCCGCACCACUGAGCUACGCCGCUGCUCCUGCACCACUUCUCAUCCCUUCCGAAGAAGCAAAACACAAAAACACAAACUCACAUACCACCAUGUUCAAAUACGCCGUCGUCGUCCUCGCACUCGUUGCCUGUGCUGCUGCCAAGCCUGGACUCCUGGGUGCUCCCCUGGCUUACUCUGCUCCCCUGGCUUACUCUGCUCCCCUGGCCUACUCUGCUCCUGCUGCCGUGGUAGCUGCUCCCACUCCAGUUGUGACCGCCACCAGCAGCCAGGUGAUCGCCAGGAACUUCAAUGGAAUCGCCGCCGCUCCUGUGAUUGCUCCCGUGGCUGCUCCAGUGCUGGCCAAGUACGCUGCUGCUCCUCUGGCUGCCCCGCUAGCAGCUCCAUUGGCCUAUUCUUCUCCUUUGGCCUACUCCGCUCCUCUGGCUUACACUUCGCCACUGACCUAUAAGGCGCUUCCGGCUGGCGCUCCAGUUCUCUUGUAAGAACUUUGACUGAUCAAUAAAUAUCCGAAAAGUAAGAU